UGGGGCGCUUCGCAGCAAAAAAGUGUUGGGAAAUUUCAUGUCCGAGAAACGGAAACAUCGUCUCUACUUCUGUCAUCUCAAGUAAGAGCCUUGUUGCACUUCUUGUCCUUUACUUCGUUCGUCCGGCUUUCGGUCUAGGUCCUAUUUGUCCUGUUCGUUCGCGAAGUAGACGUUAAAGUUACAGUAGAGAGAAACAAGAUUGUGAUUAUAAGUCGUGGUCGAAGUAUCCUUCUAGGAAAUAUGGGAGCCGUCGGGUCGACGAUUCGCGCGCAGACGGCUUCUUGCUAUGGUGCCACCGGUUCUUGCACAGACUGUGGCUCCUCCGAGUUUGUGGUGCAGCAGACCACCACCGUCACGGCUGCCGCGAUGCACGCCGCCAGCUUCCGACGGAGCAAAGCCGAGCAGGGCCUCCAAAUGGUGCGUAGUCAAAAACAACAGGAUCAUGCGGACUUCUACGGCAGCAGGAGUGGCGGGGGAUCAUACAACUCGUACUUCUACCAGCAGAUGGAAGUCGAUGGUGGCGCCCCUGCUCGGGCCACCAACCACCGACAGAAAGUGUUCUCCUCCGCGACCGGACAUACGGACGGGAGGGUGGAGCUUUUUCUGCGACGGGAUCCCCAGGAGGCCCAGGUGACCCUGCGGUCCACCUCGGCGCGCCAGAAAAACGCCCUCCUCGCGGCCACCGCGAUAUGGCAAGAUACUCCUGCUGGUGGACCACAACAGAUUCCAGCAGCAGACCACGGACCGAUGAGUACUAGUGUGGAAGUAGCCGCGCUGUCCUUUAUCGGACCGGAUUCGCUGGUCGUCGCGCGAGCGGACGGCUACUGCGACCUGUACGACAAUUUGUUUGAGAAGGUAUUCGAGGUUGGUGCAGAGCAGUAUUGUCUGGAGCAAUCCGCCACGUUUUUCGCACACAGACCCAAUUCGCAGGGUGACGGCAUCUCCGCCAUAGUCGCGGCAACAACGGAGUCGUCGUGCCCUGAUUCUCCUGUCGUUGCCCGCUACAAUUAUCUGGAAAACGAUUGCCGCGAAGAUGGAAAACGAGGAUCCACCACCGCCCAAAAUGGGGAGCGCUUUAUGAUUGUCACCGGAGGUGGCGACGGCAGUCUGAAGGCGUUUUGCCUCGCGCCCUCAGGAGAGGACGACGAAGAUGCGAGCGGCCUGAGCGACAUAGACUUAAACGAGCACGGAUCAACAACGACCGGCGGCAGUGACUCCGAGCAGCGGGGGCUGAUUUUCUCGUCCCGGGGCGGUGUUGGAACCAAAUUCACUUCGGUGGGCAACUACAACUCUUCAAUUCAUCCCACGACCAGCGUGAAAUCACUCUUCACCACCGCGAACGCCCAUACGGGUCCCGUGUCGGCUGUCGACCUACUUCUGUUGUCUUCGUCACAGCGGGAAUCCGCUGCGACAGCGAUGACAAAUAACCAGAAUACAGACCUGUCAGCUCUCGUGCUAUCUGGGGGAACGGAUGGGGUCAUGCGCCUGUUUCGAUACGUUGCGACUACCUCUUCCUCUUGUGACAGUGACCAGGGUAGUUCAGAAGGACAACUGCAUCCGGAGCCCGGAGCGAGAAAAAGAAGUGCAGCUGCAAUAUCCACGACGAUAUCGCCACCCAGCACUUCCGUAUCUCUUUCGUCGACCUGUGUUGAUUAUGCACGCCGAUUACCUUUACGUGCUGUGACCCUGGACAAAAGCAACCAGACGCGCGCGGCCUCCCUUGCGGCCAAAUCGCUGCAACUCUGGGACCUGCACCGCAUGCGCGCCGGAUUUUCCACGACUGGCGCUGAGGUAUCCGCAGCGAUCGACGGUCUGAGUUCCGAGGCGCAUUUUGCCGGAGCUGUAGGCUCGCAAGCGCUGCCGGCGGCGCGGCGCUUCUUCGCGAAGCCAGUCUUUUUCCCAAGGAAUAUUUCGCUUCUCGCCACUGGCGGUCAAGAGUUUGUCACCAUUUACGACGUCCGAGCGGGCCCAACGCCCUGUCUUUGGUUCGAAGUGCCUGGUGUGGCCAUUAUGACUGUCGAAUUGGCGGGGCCGGGGGCGCCGGCCACGGCACAGAAGAGCUCUCCGGAAGUUGUAGAGAUGACACUUCUAGCGCAAAGCUACACAGACCGGCAGUACAGUUUUGAUUUGCGGAAGAACAAGGAGGCACUCAUAUCGCCAUCGAAAAUCUCUCGGCUGUCGGCAUCAGUAUGCGUCGCUGGUGGCAAUACGCUAGCGUCGGUUUUGGUUAUCUUGCGAAGGGCUGCUGCUGCAGACCGGCGCAUCGGCCUCGGCACCGCAAGUAGGGGCAGUGGAGCUUGUUCAUCUACGACUGCGC